UGUGUGCUCUUCUGCUUAGGUGUGUCAGUUUGUGUGUGUGUGUGUGUGUGUGUGUGUGUGUGUGUAAAAUAAAGUGAUAGUGAGGUCAGUGUUGGAGGAGGUGAGUCAGUGUUUAGUGGGAGAUAUUUUGACAACAAAUCCCUCGAGGGAGAGAGGUUGACUGAGGUAACCCAGCCACGGGGGGUUCAGACAAAGUACUGAAGUUGCAUACUGAAGAUGCACAAUGUGGCCAAAAGUACGUGGACAGUCGAACAAAACACCUUUUGUGAUUUGUAGCCAGGUCAGCGGCGGGACUCUUGGAUGACAAUGGCUUAGCAUCUGCCAGAUGGAUUGGCACAAAACUGUCUUGGUCCCCAGAGGAUGAAUCCUCAUGUGUUUUGAUCCUCUGACUUUUCCCUCUAUGACGCCACCAUGACAUUCACAUUUAUGUUUCGUUUAGCGCCUUCAUCGGGUCAGAAUUUCAAUUUGUCCAAUACUUUUUUUUUGACCAAAUACUUUGAAACAAACAAGCUACACAUUUGGUGAUGAUUAGCAAAUGUUAGCCUACUAACAUGCUACGUUAAGAUGGUGAACAUUGUAUAAUGUUAAUGCUAAAUAUCAGCACGCACAGUUGUACAAAGCAGCUCCAGCUGUGGACUCUUAGUUCAUGCUGCAGCUGCCCUUACAAAAUAUGUACUGUUGCACGCAGUAUGCAUGUAAUUGUGACUUUGUCAUAAGAUUGCACCUUCAACUUUGACCCUCUUGCUCAUAUAUCCGCUCCGCAGACGACUGUGGGUCAGAACAUCCUGGUAUUUUUUAGCAUACUGCAUUUGUAACACUAUGUAUUGGGACAUACUAAAUCUUUUCUGGCAUACUAAAUAGUAUGGCAGUAUGGGUAUUGCACCUAUGCAGCCACAAGAGCCUUGGUGAAGUUGGUUACUGAUGUUGAACAUUAAGGUCUCAGUUGUUUAUUUCAGUUCAUUCCAAAUGUGCUCAAUGCUGUUGUCUGUUCUCUCUGCAGGCAAGUCAAGUUCUUCUGCACCAAACCCUGAAAAACAUUUCAUCAUGGAUCUUUCUCUGACUCUCUUUCUCUCUCAUGUUGGAACACAACAUGGCCUCCUCCAAGCUGUUGGCACAAAGUUUGAAGCACAUACAUUGUCUAAAAUACCACUUUGUGCUGUAGCCUUAAGAUUCCCGUCGAUUGGAAUUAAGACACCUUGCCCAAACCAUGACCGAAAUACACAUAGUAUGCGUCCACAUAUACUCUUGACCACAUAAUGUGUACGGUGAAAGAAAAGUGCAGUCUGUGCUGUGCUGUGUGUGUGUGUGUAUGUCUGUGGCUAAAGGACAUGAGAAGUCAAGAGGAGGAGCGCAGGUGUGUGUGUGCCCUCUGUGAUGGUGAGCGGAGGGCUUUUCCCCUGAGCAGGUCACUCUUCACAGUAAGUGAGGCACAUAUGGUUCACCUCUUUGUACUUCCCCGUGGCUCUGCCCGCAUUUCAGACCUUGGAAUUUUGCUUUUGCGUUUCUACCUCCAGUCCACACCCGGGCCAGAGAGUCGCUGCACACAAUUCUUGGCUUCUGUUUGCCUGAGGUUUGACUUUUUUGUGUUCCUCUGUUAUGAUGAAAUGCCUGUUUUUACAAUAUUUUGAAUAGAUUAUUUUCUUGAAUGACUGUGUAUCAUCACAUCUUUGAGUUAAACUUGUGCACUUAUUCUUUCCAGAAAUGUGUAUGAGAAUGCCAGCAGACCAAUUUCUGUUUAAAAUACUAGACAUUUAAUUAUGCUGCUUUGAUUUUAAAUUCUUUAUUAGUAAAACAUUUGUUGUUAAAGGGGUAACAUGACAAUUACUGUUAUAUAAAUAUAUCUUAACAUGUGCUAAUGUCGAGUACUAAUUAGUUUUGCAUUGUCCAUAAAACAAAGAAUAGAACCAUUUUGACCUGAUGGUGGCACUAGAUGAAAAGUCAGGGCAUCACCAAAGUUUUUUUUUUUUUUUGAACAUGAAUACGUGGACCAAAUUGCAAUUCCUCCAAUAGUUAUUAAAACAUUUCACUGAAAAACAGAAAAGUCAACCUUGCAGUGGCGCAAGAGGAAAAGUCACAGAAUCAACAAAGUACUGUGCAGUCCUCAGGGUUAAUCCUCUGGGGACCAUGAGUGUCUCUACCAAAUUGAAUGGCAAUCCAUCCAGUAGUUUUAGAGAAAUGUAUAAUUCUGGCAUGGCUAAAAACUAAACUCCAUCGGUAAACUGAGUUAAGAUCUAGUGACUGUAAAUGAUUUGUAUACCCAUCAAACCAUUAAAGUACCUUUGGCGCCCUGUAUGGAAGCAUCUGCUUUCCACACUAUCUAUUCAGACCUUUUUCUCAUAUGUCACCCAUCUGUAUUUCUGAAUUCAAUUUUGUGGUAAAUCAAUCAGCUUUUUUCCCGUCUGCUUCGUUCUUUCCUCUGAAAACAGACUGGAUUGAUUGAUUCUUCAUGCUACAGAUGUCUGUGAAUCCAUAUACUGCGGUCGAGGAGUGAAAGUGGUAGGACUGAAAAUAGCCCGGAGCCUGUCCCAACUUCUAAAUCAAGCCUUGCCGCUACCAUGCCUGCCAUAGUCAACCUCCUUUUCAACGUUGUCUCCACCAACACCACCAUCUCCUUCACCGUGGUGCUGCCCAUGGUCAGCCUGGUCUCUCUUCUGGUGGGGGUUGGGGGUCACCUCCUGCUGUGGCUGGUGCUGAUGAGGAACCCCCGCAGUCGCUCCAAGCCGAGCUCCGUCCUGCUCCUCAACCUCAGCCUGGCGGACCUGGGCGCCCUGCUCACCCUGCCAUUUGUCCUUCUGAGUGCUUAUUUACAGGACUGGCAGCUGGGCGGUGGGACCUGCAUCCUCCUGGGGUUCAUGACCUCAGUGACGGUGGGAGGGGAAAUCUUCAGCCUGGCGGCGUUGUCGGUGCUGAGGUAUCGCAUCGUUGCGCCGGGGACGAGAACGCCUGCCAGCCUGACGCAAGUGUUAUGCACGGUUGUAGCCAUUUGGCUGUUCUCAGUAACCAUGGCAUUGCCCAAAGUCACCUACAUCAACUUUGAUGGGGGCUGCACGUGGGCAGUGGGCCGCGACGAGUGGCUGUCCUUCCUGGUUCCCGCUUUCCUGGUUUAUUACGUGGCCCCUCUCCUCUGUAUCGCCGUCAACUGUGGCCUCAUCAUCUCUCACCUCCACGGCUGCAGGAGCACUCUGGCCGCCGACCGGCGCAACAAGAAGGCUACCGCUCUGCUUAUCGCUUCAACGCUGGUGUUUGCGAUUAGCUGGCUGCCGUACUAUGCACUUGAGUUUGUCAACGUUAUGUCCCCUUUCGUUAGCUCGGUUGCCUCUCCCGUCAGUACGCUGGGGCGUGAGCUAUCUUCAACAUCGUCAUAUCUCUCUUCCACUUCUCCCGCGCCGUGUGAGGCAACCGAGACAAGGGUGUCCCUGAUGUGGGAGGUGGCGUCCCUGGCGGCCAUUUUUCUGGUGUGCCUGGCUCCGUGCUGGAACCCGCCGCUCUACUUCCUGUUGUCGCGUCCGGCCGUGCGUCAGCUCCGGGCUCUGCUACCUUCCUUCGUUGAUAAGCACUUAGGAAAAAACCCUAUGCAGCGCUGGCGUAUUGCUCCUGCUCCUCCCAUAAGCCUGUCACACCCUCAGCCUCCCGCACACUCACUUACUCACCAACCUGCGACACACAGGCUGACUCAGUAAAAGUACGCACACGGCUCACUCACAUAUUCCCGUGACAUACUAUUCAUAUUUCCCGUCACGAAAAACCUUAGACUGUAUAUAAGAAGUGGACGUAGUCAUCGUGAUGUCACCCAUUGCUUUGUG